AUGGCUAUGGUUCUGGAACAAAUCAAAGUUCACUACAACAUAUCGCAAAUCCCAUUACCGUUGCCAUCCCGUCGCCAUUUUCCUGCAUACUUCAAUUAUGAACAGAGGCAGGCCACCAAUGACGCUGGUGUAAUUGCUGGCUUGAACGUGGCAAGGAUUAUCAAUGAACCAACAGCAGCAGCAAUUGCCUAUAAUUUGGACAAGAAAGGUGGGGAGAAGAACAUCCUUGUCUUUGACCUUGGUGGUGGAACCUUUGAUGUCAGUAUCUUGACCAUCGACAACGGUGUCUUUGAGGUGCUUGCCACUAAUGGAGACACCCAUCUUGGAGGAGAGGAUUUUGAUCACAGAAUUAUGGAAUACUUCAUCAACCUGAUUAAGAAAAAGCAUGGAGAGGACAUCAGCAAAGAUAACAUAGCUCUUGGGAAGCUAAGGAGAGAAUGUGAACGUGCUAAGAGAGCCCUGAGCAGUCAGCACCAAGUCCGUGUUGAAAUUGAAUCAUUUUUUGAUGGUAUCGAUUUUUCUGAACCAUUGACCCGUUCCAGAUUUGAGGAGUUGAACAAUGACCUCUUCAGAAAGACCAUGGGACCUGUGAAGAAAGCCUUGGAAGAUGCCGAUUUGGAGAAAAAUCAGAUUGAUGAAAUCGUCCUUGUAGGUGGAAGCACCAGGAUCCCUAAAGUUCAGCAGCUCCUCAAGGAUUAUUUCGAUCGGAAGGAGCCCAACAGGGGUGUGAACCCAGAUGAGGCUGUUGCUUAUGGUGCUGCUAUCCAAGGAAGUCUUCUAAGUGGAGAAGGUGGAGGAAUAACAACAGACUUUCUUUUCUGGGCGGCACCACUCACCAUUGGUAUCGAAAAUGUGGGUGGAGUUAUGACUAAAUUGAUUGUGAGGAACGAAUACCAUGUUAGCCCAACCAAGACGUCCCAAGUUUUCACCACUUACCAAGAUCAGCAAACUACUGUCUCUAUUCAGGUUUUUGAAGGAGAAAGGAGUCUUACAAAAGACUGCAGGCUGCUCGGAAAGUUUGAUCUCACCGGCAUUCCUCCAGCACUGAGGGGAACCCCUCAAAUUGAGGUGACGUUCGAAGUUGAUGCCUAUGGUACUUUGAACGUCAAGGCAGAAGACGGGAGCACCGGUAAAUCAGAGAAGAUUACCAUAACAUACGAGAGCGAUCGAUAUAGCCAAGAGGAGGUCGAGAAAAUGGUUCGCGAAGCAGAAGAGUUUGCUGAGGAAGACAAGAAUGUGAAGGAAAGAAUUGAUGCUCGUGACAGUCUCGAGACAUACAUUUACCGCAUGAAGAACCAAAUCAACGACAAGGACAAGCUCGAGUCUGCCGAGAAGCUGAAGAUCGAGACUGCUACAAAGGAGGCCCUUGAGUCGUUAGACGACAAACAAAACGCAGAGAAAGAGGACUACGAAGAGAAGCUUAAGGAGGUGGAAGCCGCAUGUAACCCAAUCAUAAUAGCGGUCUAUCAAAGAUCUGGAGGAGCCCCUGGUGAAUCAUCUCCAGAAGAUGACGACUUCCAUAACGUACUGUAGGUAACUUUUGUAGUCCAUUAAUUACUGAUCAAAGUUCAAGCAAGAACAACCAUAUGGGUUCAUUGGGAGCAGUGUUCUAAAAAGCCCAUCUAGACGCGAGCUCGAGCAAAACAUCAUGCCUUGGCGAUGAGCGCCUAGUGGUGCUUUAUUAAUUUUUUUUUAUACUUUUUCUCCUCUCUUUAGAAGACUUUUAUUUGGU